AGCAGACAGUUCGCCUCGUCAGCUGCACUCACACAGAAGGAUCCCUUCCCUAUACGCUCAUCGUCAUCCUACCACAGCAACAUGACGGACUUCCGUGUAAAGAAACUGCAAAAAAUGUUCCACACUUUCUUUGACGUAAACAACGAUGGCGUGUUAGAACAGGCGGACUUCGAACAAACCGCUGAGAGAUUCCGCAGCGUGAGUGGCUGGGCCGCUGGAAGCCCGGAGGCGACCAAAACACGAAAGGUCAUUCUCGGACUAUGGGAACGCCUGCGAUCGAAGGCCGACAGCGAUGGCGACGGCAAGGUGACCUUCCAGGAGUACCUGGCGGCGAGCGAUGCAGGCACGACGACGGCAUUCCGACAGGACUACCGCGAUUUCUUCUUCAAAGUUAUCGAUGAUACUGGUGACGGCAUUAUAGACAAGGAUGAGUAUCUGAGAGUGUUCAAGAAGUUCGGCAUCGAUGCAGCGGCUCUAGGAGACGCGUUCGAUUCAUUUACGAAGAACGGUACCGUACCAGUUAACGCCGAAUACUUUGCUCAACUCUGGAAGGAAUAUUUUACUAGCAAUGACCUCAAUGCGCCCGGAAAUCGAUUUUUCGGUUAAAAUCACAUGGUCGCGAAUCCGCGUGACGUCAGUACGGAGUU